CAUAGUGAGCCUCCGGAAAUUCCAAAGCAUUUUUUGACUAAAAAACCUGUUCAAUCUAUAAGAACCAUUUUUCUUCAUCUUCCCCGUGGCGAAUCUCAUUUCCUCUCGUUUUCUUCAAUUUUCGUUACGUACGAGGCUCAAUAUGGCUUCCUCCGUCUCCGGAUCGGCCGCUGUCACCUUCAAUUCCGCCGCAUUUUCCGACAACUCCUACCGGGAAAUGGGUCAUCUCCGGAAAUUAUCCUCUUCGGUUCAGCUCCCACGUUCCCUUAACUUGCAGUGCAGACCACUUUCCUCUUUCUCUUCCUCAGGCAUAACAGCGCAGGUUGCCACCAUUGAACAAGCAAGUACUGAUGCACCACAACAGGCAGAGGCUCCUGUUGUUAUUGUCACAGGAGCCUCCCGAGGAAUUGGUAAAGCAAUUGCUUUGGCUAUGGGGAAGGCUGGUUGUAAGGUUUUGGUGAAUUAUGCAAGGUCAUCAAAGGAGGCAGAAGAUGUCUGCAGAGAGAUUGAGGUACUUGGUGGACAGGCUCUUACCUUUGGUGGGGAUGUUUCAAAAGAAGCAGAUGUUGACUCAAUGAUUAAAACUGCAGUUGAUUCAUGGGGAACUGUUGAUGUUUUGAUUAACAAUGCUGGUAUUACAAGGGAUGGUUUAUUGAUGAAAAUGAAGACAUCGCAGUGGCAGGAGGUUAUUGAUCUAAAUCUUACCGGGGUGUUCUUGUGCACGCAGGCAGCUGCCAAACUAAUGAUGAAGAAGAGAAAGGGAAGGAUUGUCAAUAUAGCAUCAGUUGUAGGUCUUGUUGGCAAUGUUGGGCAAGCCAAUUACAGUGCGGCAAAAGCUGGCGUUAUCGGCUUUACAAAGUCAGUUGCCAAGGAAUAUUCAAGUAGGAGUAUAAAUGUAAAUGCUGUUGCUCCAGGGUUCAUUGCAUCUGAUAUGACUGCUAAGCUUGGGGCAGACAUUGAGAAAAAAAUUUUGGAGACUAUUCCAUUAGGAAGGUAUGGCCAACCCGAAGAAGUUGCUGGACUCGUGGAAUUCUUGGCCCUUAAUCCUGCUGCCAGUUACAUCACAGGACAGGUAUACACCAUUGAUGGAGGUAUGGUGAUGUAAGAGGUAUGGACGAGGGAAAUGCACAAACCAGCUCCACUAAAUUUGUACGCAGUUCUUGACUAUGAAACAAACUAGUCGUAGGCGAGUUUUGAGCUUCGUUAAUUGAUGUUUAUACAACUCUCUUUGCUGCUGCAUUGAAUACAUUUACAGUCCUAGUAUCUAGAAUAUGGGCUAUGAAGGAAACGAUAAACCAAAUGAUAUUUUUUCUUCUCUUGUUCUAUCUCGAGAACAAUGUAAGCAUAACCUUCACUUCGAUUGAUUGUGCUGCAUGUACAUUUCAACUUA